AUGGCUCGUACAAAGCACACAGUUAGAAAGGCAAAUCAAAUACCUUAUCUGGUAGAUGCAGUUAAUGCAACGAAGGAGCAUCAGAGACUGAGCAAAAAAUCAAAUCAGCCGGUGAAGGAAAUGGCUCCGAUCAGAAGCAAGAAUAAAAAAGAUAAGCUUGCACUGGUAACUCCUCCAUCCAGACCUCCCCGCAACACAAAAUACCUAAAUGUCGGUCUAUUACGAGGAAAAACACCGAGUGAGGUAGCCUUACUUAUCCGCGAACCCAGAGACCCAUGUGACGAUUCGUCUGAAUUAUCCUCUUCAUCCUCUCCUGUUAUAUUUGAAACUGGAAGCAUAGACGAAGAAGUCGCAGAACAUGACGAAAUUGCUUUAGGAGGUGAAUAUGAGGAGAUUCAGGAGGAGGAGGAGGAUGAAGGUAAUGAUGAGGAUAAGGAUGAGGAUGGAAAUGGUGGUGCUAGCGGUGAUGAAGAGGGGGAUGAGGAUGAUGGUAAUGAUGAAAAUGGUAAGGAAAGAAAGUAG